GGGUAUUAGCAUUCUAUGUACUACGAAGUUAUUUUCAGUUGUUGAUGUCGCGAGGCAGCUGUUAGUUGGUAUAAAGUUCAUUGUGAUUUGCUCGGUAUGCAACGUGUUUGAUGUGGUUUCGAGCAAUACGGAAUAAUUUAUUCGUUUCGUUCGCCCUUUUCGUAUCAUUUAGGAUGAAUUAACAGUUUACGUAGAUUAAAUUGAUGGCUGAUAGAUUCAUUGUUGAGUGUUGAUAUUCACGUAUGUUGUAGUGUGUUAAUUAUAAUUUGAUUAUAUCGUUUCUGUCAUCUUUACUUCAUGAAUAUCCGGAUCAGUAAAAAAGGUUUAUCGCAACUGAUCGACGAUGGCGCUGAAACAAUGGAUGAAGAAAUUCCAGCCACUAUCGCUAUACAUUGUCUUGACACUGACCAUGUUUUACUUUCUUCUGCAACUGGUAGUCAGUUAUAUUACGCAUGCUUUGACCUUGACCAUUGACUCGUAUUUGGUGCUGUGUAAUUUAAUAGCGUUAUUUGGAUGCAUCAUUACUGUUAAGAAUAGCGCAGUGGAAAAUACACCGACUAGUACACCUUCUGAAUCCUCAAAUAGUGACGACAGUAGUAAGAGUAACAACAGUUCGUCUCAAUGUAACGUUAAUUUUAUUACCAAAGUACCAGUACCUGUUGAUGAAAAAUGCUCAAGUCACACAACCGAUGCCAACAUUCAUAAACGCAAUGCAUCGGAGAGAAGACUUCGAAAUACAUUUGGCUGGGCCAGAAUCGAUGUAUUGGUUAUGUUGAUUGGUUGCGUUGUUUUCGCCUCGUUGUGUUUCUCAUUAGUUAUAGAAGCGGUUCAAACCCUAUUGCAUAUAUCACAUCACGACGAAAUGCAUUAUCCUAUUCCAGUAUUCUGCGUUGGAGCUUUCGGUUUAACUUUAAAUGGAUUAAGUUAUUUAUUAAUUGGAGGUUAUACAUUUCAUCACGGUAGUUUCCUAAAAGUCACAUCAUCCGGUGUCGUGAUCUUGGAAGAUGUAUUGUCAACCAAAUUCACACAGAAUGGUGAAAGACGAUUGAAUCUGAGAUCUCAUCCUUCAUCGUAUAGUUUCAUUUCUCCAGGAGCUCAGGAGAUGUUUAGAGACGUCAUAGGUUGUGUAUUCGUGAUGAUCUGUUCGACCGUUGUGUAUUUUUCCGAUUCGGAAUCCGCUAAAUUAGCUGAUCCUAUUUUGGCCAUCAUAUCGGCCGUAUCGCUACUUAUUUUAAGUUAUCCUUAUAUCAAAGAGUCAUGCUUAAUAUUAUUACAAACGAUUCCUGAUCAUAUCAACAUCGAUUGUUUGUGCCAGCAGUUGAUGAAAGAAUUUCCAGAUAUCAUAAACGUACACGAUUUACACGUGUGGCAAUUCACUAAAGGGAAAACAUUUUUUACAGCGCACAUAAUAUUUCAUAAUCCUAAGGUUUAUGCUAGAGUUACUCAAAAUAUAACAAAGUUCUUCCAUGACCAAGGAAUUACCAAAGUUACUAUUCAACCGGAAUUUUACAAAGAUGAUAAUUGUUUAGAAUUGAUCUCAAGUAACGACAGUAAUUGCCUGGUGAAAUGCGUGAAUCCGGAAUGUUACGAACGUUACUGUUGCGACAUGCACACUUCAAAGACCGAAUUGAAAGCGGUAUUAGUUUCUAAGUCAACGAUAAAUGCAAGCCAAACCGAUAUAUGUCUCCAGAAGACGGAACUUGCGAUAUCAAAAUCAUCGAAUGAAAUUAGUCAUACAUCUGUACAAUUACCCAUACCCACCAAUAACGAAACCCCACCGGAGACUGAGGAAACCAUCAGUCAAAAAAAAGACGAGUCAGAAAAAAAUAGCGUUUCGACGAAUGAACUUGAAAUCGAGACAAAUAAUAUUGAGUCACAAAAUCAAGAAAAUAGUCACAAUUCUAAGCAAAAUGCUGAUGAAAACGAGCCUAAAUCUUUAACGACAGAAUUAUAACGUGUAUGAGUUACCCGUAUUUUUUUCGAAUUUUCAAGUGAGACUGUUUCUAUUUAUAAUUGUAUUGUAUAUUGUUUCUUUUUUAACAUUUAUUUUUUGUAAGCCGUGAAUAAAGUUUUUAUUGCAUGUUUUUGAUAA